CAAGCCCACCGUGCAGGAGCGCUUCGCCUUCCUCUUCAACAACGAGGUGCUGUGCGACGUGCACUUCCUGGUGGGCAAGGGGCUCAGCUCCCAGCGCAUCCCAGCGCACAGGUUUGUGCUGGCUGUGGGCAGUGCUGUUUUCGAUGCGAUGUUCAAUGGGGGAAUGGCCACCACAUCCACUGAGAUCGAGCUGCCUGAUGUGGAGCCGGCUGCCUUCCUGGCCCUGCUGAAAUUUCUCUACUCAGACGAAGUUCAGAUUGGCCCGGAGACAGUGAUGACCACGCUGUAUACCGCUAAGAAGUAUGCAGUGCCCGCGCUGGAGGCCCACUGUGUGGAGUUUCUAAAGAAGAAUCUCCGAGCUGACAAUGCCUUCAUGCUCCUUACGCAGGCACGACUCUUCGAUGAGCCACAGCUGGCUAGCCUGUGCCUAGAGAACAUCGAUAAGAACACCUCGGAUGCCAUCACUGCGGAGGGCUUCACUGACAUUGACCUGGACACACUGGUGGCUGUUCUGGAGCGUGACACUCUGGGCAUCCGGGAGGUGCGGUUGUUCAACGCUGUUGUCCGUUGGUCUGAGGCUGAAUGUCAGCGGCAGCAGCUGCAGGUGACACCUGAGAAUAAGCGGAAGGUUCUGGGCAAGGCCCUGGGCCUCAUCCGCUUCCCACUGAUGACCAUCGAGGAGUUUGCUGCAGGCCCCGCGCAGUCAGGCAUCCUGGUUGACCGCGAGGUGGUCAGCCUCUUUCUGCACUUCACUGUCAACCCCAAGCCCCGCGUGGAGUUCAUUGACCGGCCGCGCUGCUGCCUGCGUGGGAAGGAGUGCAGCAUCAACCGCUUCCAGCAGGUGGAGAGCCGCUGGGGCUACAGCGGCACCAGUGACCGUAUCAGGUUCUCGGUCAACAAGCGCAUCUUCGUGGUGGGCUUUGGGCUCUACGGAUCUAUCCAUGGACCCACCGACUACCAAGUGAACAUUCAGAUCAUCCACACGGAUAGCAACACCGUCCUGGGCCAGAAUGACACAGGCUUCAGCUGUGAUGGCUCAGCUAGCACCUUCCGUGUCAUGUUCAAGGAGCCAGUGGAGGUGCUGCCCAAUGUCAACUACACAGCCUGUGCCACACUCAAGGGCCCAGACUCCCAUUAUGGCACCAAAGGCCUACGCAAGGUGACCCAUGAGUCACCCACAACGGGGGCCAAGACCUGCUUCACCUUCUGCUAUGCUGCUGGGAACAACAAUGGCACGUCCGUGGAAGACGGUCAGAUCCCCGAGGUCAUCUUCUACACCUAGGCUUCCCACCACACUGCCAUCCAGUCGGGGGACUGCCAGGUCCCCAAGGUCAUCCUCCACAUGUAGGCUGCCCCAUGCUGUGCCCCCAGCCUGGCUGUCCUUGGCCAUCUGUCCACUCCCUGUCACCUUUCUGAGCGUCAUGAAAGGGGCUGCCCUUUGUCCAAGGUGACGAAUGAGGCUGCUUAUUUCGCAGAAGCAGGGGAGGUGGCCAGGCUGGGGCCCUUUGAGACAAUCCCUCAGGACCCAGGGCUGGGCUGUACUCGCCCUGCCCAAGCAGGCCUGAGCCAGGGUUAGCAGCCCCUGCAGCUCAGGGCUCAUGGAGGGUGUUUCAUGUUUAUUCUAUUAACUGCACAUGGCAAUGCACUUGGGAUCCCAUUUCUCUGCUAGGCGACGCUGUGUGGGGCUCCUCAAGCCGUGGGUGUGGGUCUUGUGCUCCUUUUGUCCUUGAUUCAUCAGGCACAAGGAGCCCCACCUGCUGUGUGCCCCAAGGCCAACUCACCCCGGGAUUUUGGCCUGAGGGUGGAGCUGGAGCCCUGUACUGUCCUGGCAUUGGUGUCCCGUUAGGUCCAGCCCCAGCCCAGAGGGCCAAUGGUUUGCGCUUUCCCUUCUCAUCCACCUGCGGGACCCAACCAAGGGCCAGUGCUAUCUAGCCUCUCUGGACAGGCUCUUCCUAGUCCCUGCAGCUGAGGGCAGGGCCUCAGGUCCUGUGUACUUGGGGUUGGGCCCCAGCAGGUCCCCAGCAGGUCCCCAGCAGGCCUGCCCCUCUGUACAUACUGUAGCCCAGCCUGCCCUGCCCGACCACCGAGUCAGCACUCGCCCUGAGGUGCUGGAGGGACAGCCCCUCCCCACCCCAUGUGUUUCUGCCCCAGUGACCCGUUCUGGAACCUGCGUCCUCCCCAAAGCCAUGGAACGUGUGUGUGUCCUCACACCACGGCCCAAAUGAUUUUUUUUAAUAAAGGAAAGAAACACACCUUCCCUGA